UGAUGGACUGCCUUUCUAUUCCCGUUCCACUUUCACAUCAAUUCCUUGGUGAACUGUUAAGAACCAGUUGAGGAGGCACAGACACACAGAUCUUCACAUGCUGCUUGUCAAAACAAAUAUCUGCUCACCUCUUUGAGGCAUUGAGCACAGUGAAUGAUUUGAAGCCAGGCAAGAAUAGCAGCUUGGAGAAAAUGAAUGGAAAAGUUGAAGUCCUCAUUGCACUGCCUCUGGUUGUAAUACUGGUGCUUGGCCUCUUCAAAAACUUCCAUCCGGCUGGUGAAAACCAAUGUCAAAUGACGUAUAUGUUCGAGGGCCCCGAAUAUUUGAGAAUCAAGCUGGAUGCCAGUGUAGAGGCAGUGUAUCCUGACUAUGGCCUCUAUAUCUACGGUGAAGGUCAACAAGCUUCUCUCAUACGGUCCAGCAAGUUCAGGAUGAGCGGUGUACCAGUUUUGUUCCUGCCAGGAAAUGCUGGAAGUUACCAACAGGUGCGUUCACUGGCGUCUGUGGCACUCAGAAUGUCUCUCACCAAGCCAGGAGCAAAUCAUCUCGACUGGUUUACUAUUGACUUCAAUGAGGAAAUGGGAGGGAUUCAUGGCUCAACCUUGAUGUCACAAUCCAACUUUGCGUCAGUAUGUGUUGAGCACAUACUGUCUCUCUAUAAUCACCUCUCCGUGUCAGCACGGCCUAGCAGUGUGGUUAUUGUCGGUCACUCAAUGGGUGGAGUAGUUGCACGGUCACUGCUAACCACCGACCUCUUACCCAGCCACUCGAUACACACUAUUCUAACAUUGGCUUCUCCCCAUCAAACUCCAGCUCUGGCAUUGGAUAAUCAGCUGAAUCAGUUCUACACCACUGUCAACCAGAUCUGGAGCGAACGCACAAAGUCUGGUAACUUGUCGGAUGUGGUGCUGGUGUCCUUAGCUGGAGGCCUGCGUGAUGAAUUGAUUCCGGCUGUACACACUCCCCUGACAGGUCUAGCUGCUGGCAAUGUCUCCAUCAGUAAAGUGAUCAGUGCUGUGCCUCAUGUCUGGCUGUCAACCGAUCACCUUUGCAUCAUGUGGUGCAGACAGUUAGUGCUGGCAUUGACCCGUAUGCUACUUCAAUUGGUCGACACCAAGAGCAAACAGAUGAUGGCAAGUGCAGCUGGUCGCAUGGCGGUCAUUUCUGAGCAUCUCAAUCCCCACUCAACACUCUUGCCAAGCAAAGUGCACAAAAAAAGCUUGUCGAAGGCUGAACUUGUGACUGAACCUAUCUGGCACUACAACGACAAGUCUAGAUCUACGGUGUUUGUUUUCCCAGUGACAUCUCACACACACCUGACACUGGUCAGCAAUGUGCACCAACACGCUCUUCUUGUUCAGUGUACUUUUGAUUUUGAAGAAUUGGUUGGCCGGACCACUCCCAAACUCCUUCCUCCGGUCCUGAGAGGUAUUGAUCACCAGCAGGAUAAGAUCAAUCUAACUGUCAUCAGCUUUAGAUCUGGAGGUGCUGCUGCUGCUGCUGCUACUGCUGGCGACGGUGCUGGUUGUGCUGGUGCUGGUACUGGUGGCAGUGCUGGCAGUGCUGGCGUUGGUGAAGUUGAACUCAGUCAGUCAAACAUUACAAGUCUUUGA